AUAAAAUGAGGAGAUCAUGAGAAAGUCCGACUGAAUGCAGGUGGCUGAGUUUAUGUAGCAGCGGUCGGUUAGGGAGUGGUUUUGUCAGAAUAUACUCCCUGAUUCACUUCCUGGUGACACCAGAGCUGCCCCAAGCUUGUGGCGGCCUAUAGUCUCAGAGGAUCUCAACCCAAAAUCCAGAUAUGCCGGGGCUUUAUGAUACUCCUAUGGGGACAUUACGGCCGGGCAGGAGAUGUAUGCACUGUGGGGAACUCUUGAAAGAGUACCAAGAUAAAGGUUCCAUGUCUGGAUGUCGCUGUUACACACCACUUACAGAGUCUGUCGUUCAUAUGAGUGAGAAGGGGGAUGAGAGGUUUGAAAAACCCCACUGGACAGCUGAACGUUUGGGAGAUGUUGACUUCAUUGGCACCAGUCGGUCUAGGGGCAAGUUCGCAAGGGUGACCAGCUCCACAGAUCCAUCGGAAAUCUAUCAGAUCUUGACUAAGAAGUGGGGUCUUGCCCCUCCUCACCUGGUGGUUGCACUAGUGGGAGGCGAUGAGUUGGCUCAGAUGAAACCCUGGCUGAGGGACACCGUUAGAAAAGGCCUUGUAAAGGCUGCUCAUAGCACAGGGGCAUGGUUUCUCACCAGUGGUUUGAGUUUUGGCAUUACAAAGAAUCUGGGUCAGGCCGUAAGGGACCACUCUCUUGCCAGCACUUCGUCUAAGGUGCGAGUUGUGGCCAUUGGGAUUACUCCCUGGAAUAUGAUUCAGAACAAAGAGCUGCUGCUUAACGCAAAGCCUGAUCAUCCAGCAGAAUACACAUCUGAGGAUCUCCCCCAUGGUGCCGUGUAUUCCUUAGAUUGCAAUCAUUCCCAUUUCAUCCUGGUAGAUGAGGAUCCUCAGAGACCCGGAGCCACUGGAGAAAUGAGAGUCAAGAUGCUCAAACAUAUCUCUGAGCAGCGCACAGGAUAUGGAGGUACAGGCAGUAUAGAAAUACCUGUUUUGUGUCUUCUGGUUCAUGGAGAGCCAGGGAUAUUACAGAGAAUGUACAGAAACAUUCAGAAUUCUAUACCCUGGCUCAUUUUGGCUGGCUCAGGAGGGGUUGCGGACAUUUUGGUGAUUCUGAUGGACAGAGGAUGCUGGGAUACUGAAAUGGUCCAUGACCUGUUGGUUAAUACCUUUACAAAUAGCCUACUUAACAUUGAAAUCCCAUUUUGGGUCAAACUGAUCCAGAGAAUUUUGGACAACGGUCAUCUUUUAACAGUGCAUGACCCAGAACAAGACUCAGAACUGGACACAGUGAUUCUCAAAGCCCUGGUUAAGGCUUGUAAAAGUCAAAGUCAGGAAGCGCAGGACUUUCUGGAUGAGCUGAAACUGGCUGUGGCUUGGAAUAGGGUGGACAUCGCUAAGAGUGAAAUCUUUAAUGGAGACAUUCGAUGGACUGCACAGGACCUGGAGGACGUUAUGAUGGAGGCACUGAUGAAUGACAAGCCUGACUUUGUGCGUCUCUUUGUGGAUAACGGAGUGAAUAUGAACGAGUUCCUAACUUAUGGACGUCUUCAGGAACUCUACUGCGCAGUGUCUGAAAAAAACCUCCUUCACACCCUGCUCCUGAAAAAACAUCAGGUUUAUUUAUCCAACACACGGACAUCUGGACACCCCCACACUGAACCAGGGGACCGCAGGCCUCGUUUCACCUUCUACGAGGUCUCCAAAGUCCUCAAAGAUUUUUUGCACGACACCUGUAAGGGCUUCUACCAAAAACUUCCAGCGGAUAGGGCAGGGAAAGGCAGACUCUUCCAUGGCCAGAAAGACCUCCAAGGACAGGACAUGGACAGACGUUGUGAGUACCCCUGGAGAGACCUCUUUCUUUGGGCUAUUCUGCAGAAUAGACAGGAAAUGGCAAACUACUUCUGGGCCAUGGGCCCGGAGGCAGUGGCUGCUGCUCUGGUGGGCUGUAAAAUUAUGAAGGAGAUGUCUCAUCUGGCUACUGAAGCAGAGUCUGCUCGCUCUAUGAAGAACGCCAAGUACGAGCAGUUCGCGAUAGAUCUGUUCAGUGAGUGUUACUCAAACAGCGAAGAUAGAGCCUUCACCUUACUGGUGCGGAAUACAUGCUGUUGGAACAAAUUAACUGUCCUCAAUCUCGCCACGGAAGCAGAUGCCAGAUGUUUUGUUGCACAUGAUGGGGUCCAGGCUCUGCUGACCAAAGUCUGGUGGGGAGCAAUGAGAACUGACACUUCCAUCUCCAGACUCAUGCUGACCUUCUUCAUCAUUCCUCUCAUUCUGACAAAUUUCAUCAAGUUCAAAGAGCAAGCACUAGAAAACAAAGGGGAAGGAGAACCAUUUGCUGAGCUAGACAGUUUGGAAACUGAACAAGCCCUAAUGCUCACAGCAGAUGACCCAGGCACUGCAGAAGGAGGCAGGGACCCUUCUGCUCGAAGCUGCAGUUCGACUUUUUUCAACGUUGUGCUGCGACGAUGGAACAAUUUCUGGAGCGCUCCAGUCACAGUGUUCCUGGGAAAUGUCAUCAUGUACUUUGCAUUUCUUAUUUUAUUCAGUUACGUGCUUCUUAUCGACUUCCGCCCUCCACCACCACAUGGCCCGUCUGCAGCUGAGAUCAUCCUGUACUUUUGGGUUUUUACCCUGGUGUUGGAGGAACUUAGACAAAGUUUCUUCACGGAUGAGGACAUGAGUAUUUUGAAGAAGUUCAUGCUCUAUGUGGAGGAUAGCUGGAACAAGUGUGAUAUGGUGGCCAUCCUUCUCUUCGUUGUUGGGGUGUCCUGCAGGAUGGCCCAGGACACAUAUGAGGCUGGACGCACGGUUCUCGCUUUGGACUUCAUGGUUUUCACGUUGAGGCUCAUUCACAUUUUUGCCAUCCACAAGCAACUCGGGCCUAAGAUCAUCAUUGUGGAAAGAAUGAUCAAGGAUGUGUUCUUCUUCCUCUUCUUCCUGAGCGUGUGGUUGAUAGCGUACGGAGUGACGACGCAGGCCCUCCUGCACCCUAAUGACCCGCGCAUCGACUGGGUUUUCCGCAGAGCACUUUACCGCCCAUAUCUUCAUAUAUUUGGACAGAUUCCUCUGGAGGAAAUAGACGCUGCCAAAAUGCCAGAAGACUUUAACUGCACUGAUGACGUGGAUGAGAUCGUCGCUGGCACUCUGCCACCCUGUCCGAAUGUUUAUGCCAACUGGCUGGUCAUUCUACUGCUUGUCAUCUAUUUGCUGGUCACGAAUGUGCUGCUCCUUAAUCUCCUUAUUGCCAUGUUCAGCUACACCUUCCAGGUGGUGCAGGAGAAUGCAGACAUCUUCUGGAAGUUUCAGCGUUAUAACCUGAUUGUUGAAUAUCACAGUCGUCCCGCCCUGGCCCCACCCUUUAUCAUCAUCAGCCACAUCUCCCAGCUUCUCCUGAGCUUUGUCAAAAAGGAAGAAUCCAAGCAAGAUCUUUUGGGCAAGUCAAUCUGUUUGUGCUAAUUCAUAAUGUAUGUCUAUUUUUUAUUUCUUUGUACACUCUCAGAAAAAAAGAUAUGGUACAAAAGUUGUCACUGGGGAGGUACUUUUGUAAAAAGUACAAUUUUGUACUUCAAGUCACAAUGAAAUUGAAAUGAAAAACUGUCAUUUGUUUUGGAAUAUUGUGGUAUUUUUUUUUACAAAUGGCUUCAUUAUUUAAAAACAAAUUAAUGUCCCCUCAUAAUCUUUAAUCAAAAAUGCAAAUGUCCUCCCCUCCUUGAAACAAUCUCUCUUUACUUUUGGUCAUAUUGGCAGCGAUUAGCAAAUAGCAACAUUUCACUCGGAUAUACAUCAGCAUGGGAAAAAUAGGACAACUGCUACUU